UGACAGACGCGUUUCGGACGCGGCCAAUUCAGACCGUAGUAUUCAUUGUUAUUCCGUAACGUGGUGUUGCUAAAACCGUUAUUGUUUAACAAAUAUUAAUUUCUCAAACAGUUGUAUGAGGAAAUAAAAUCAGUAAUGUUGAAUUUUUGUAAAUUGUAAGCGUGUUGAUUUACUUGCAUAAUAAUACGUAACGUAUAAACCAUGGAAGAGAUACUUGAGCAAUUGGGGGUUGGAAUACGACCUGUAAGUGAUCCCUUUUUCGACGAUUCCUAUAAAGUAUGCAAAGUCUUUCAGAGAAAAGGCGUCACGAUCGACGACGAAGAGGAAUUAUGCCACGAAGUUAUCAGAGAAUUCUCAUGUUACGUCCCAGGAUGCAGGACCACUUUCCAAACGUUACUAGAUUACGAGAUGCACUAUAAUAGUUCGCAUCGAUACACUUGUACAGAAUGUAAAGUAUCUAGGCCAAAUCCACGGCUCCUGGAAAUUCACGUUCAGGAAAUGCAUGAUGCUUUCUUCAAGGUUCUAUCCGAGAAACAACCCAUGUAUCAGUGUUACGACUCUGAAUGUGACAUCAAAUUCAAUAAUUCAGUGGAGAGGAGAGAACAUUGCAUUAGAGUGCAUAAAUUUCCGAAGAAAUAUCGAUUUGAGGACACUCCAUGCUGCAACAAGAAACACGAAUCGGACGAAAUGGAAGUGGACGAUAGCAAUAGUAAGAAAAAGAUUGACAAGAAAAACGAAUCAGACAGAAUGGAAGUGGAUGACAGCAGUAGUAAGAAAAAGGUGAACAAAGUGAUUUUCAAUAAAAAUCAAAAGGGUAAAAUGUUUUCAAAAGCCGCUACCAGUCCUAUCUGUACAGACAAUGCUAGUGCAGACGUAAUUUCUACAACUACUACUAAAACGAAAGCAACAUCGUUAACUUUCAUUCCUAGACAAGUACAGAAAUCCUUUUCAAAAGUACUUACAAAUAAUCAAACCAAAGAGAGGAAUGUUCUCGAAACAGAAACUAUGAUGGAACUUGCAGAUUCAUUGCCGGAUUGAAAUCACUCGAAAUAUUUUAUUAUUAACAAAUUGGUAUUAAACUGAAUAUUGUCAUCUGUUAGAGAUGGCGUAUUAAAUGAAUAUCGAGUAUAAUACGCACGUUGGAUUCCAGUUACAGUUAAAUUUUCGGUGCUACUCUAAUAGGUAAUUUUAUAAGCUAUCAUCUAUCUUUAUUUUCUAACUUAUAUUAAUCAUCUCAUCAUAAUGAUCUCCUUCAUAAAGUAUCAAAACUCUUUUAAUUUUAGUAACAAAGUACUCUAUGUAAUUUUUGUAAUUUUAUUUUGAAUACAUUUUAUUGAUUAUUUAUAUUAACACAUUAUAUUCUUUUAUACAUUUACAAUAUUGUACAUGAUUUGCACGCAUUGCUUAAAGAUAUUCCGUAAAGAGAUAUAUAUUAAAAACAAAAUG